CACAAAUAUUUUAAUAUUACCCCCCCCCCCUUCUUUUUUCCCAACAAAGUUGGUAUUUAUUUAAGAAACAACUGAACCUUAACUUUCCAGGUGCCCUGGUCCAACGUAUGGUCAACGUGUAACAGCCAGCCACUGACUAGUUGGUCUACUCUUUAGUUCACAACCUUUGAAAUACUCCAUUGAGGCAAGUCUCCACUGAGGCAAGUCUCCACCUAGGCAAGUCUCCACUGAGGCAAAUGAAAAUGAACGUUAUCGCUGGCCAGCUGAAGCGGGCUGUCAGCCUUGGAACAAAAUUUCCUUUGGGCAAGCAGCUAUCAACGUACCGACCAAAGGUCCCAGUACGACCAAAGAAGGAAGUACUGACGGCAAUGUCAUCCAAACGCAGUAGUCAUGGUUACUACCGCGAUGUUGAAAGUCGACCCAGGAUACUUAUAACAGGCUCUUUAGGUCAGCUUGGGCCAGGUCUAGCUAGAAUAUUUAGAGAAAAAUACGGUCGUGACAAUGUCAUCAUGUCUGACAUCAACAAAGCGUCAGAAUCAGUGUUAGAGUCAGGUCCGUUCCUUUUUGCGGACGUGCUGGACAUGCGGUCACUGCGAGAGAUCUGUGUUAACUACGAGAUCGACUGGCUGGUACAUCUGAGUGCUCUGCUGAGUGCUGUGGGUGAGGCUAAUGUCCCAUUGGCCAUGCAGGUCAACAUUGAAGGCUUACACAACGUCCUUGAAGUGGCCAGAAUGUACAAGUUAAAACUGUUCAUUCCAAGCACUAUUGGUGCAUUCGGUCCAGACUCACCUAGAAAUCCCACACCGGACAUGACCAUUCAAAGGCCAAGGACAAUUUAUGGUGUUAGUAAAGUCCACGCUGAGCUGAUGGGAGAAUAUUACCAGCACAAGUUUGGUAUCGACUUCAGAUGUUUACGUUACCCCGGCGUGAUAUCAACAGACCAGCCAGGAGGUGGCACUACUGACUAUGCAUUGAAGAUAUUUCACGAUGCUUUGACCACCAAAGUUCAUAUGUGUUUUUUAAAACCGGACACAAGACUCCCAAUGAUGUAUAUCGAUGAUCUGUUAACAGCCACUUGUGAAUUUAUGCAGGUUCCUGAGAGUCGACUGUCUAUGAGAACAUACAACAUUGGUGCGGUAGACUUUACGCCAGAUGAACUAGCCCAUGAAAUUAGAAAAUUUGUUCCCGAAUUGGAAGUCGUUUACAAACCAGACCACAGACAGGCAAUUGCGGACUCUUGGCCACAAAAAUUUGAUUACAGUAACGCUGUCAAAGAUUGGGGUUAUCGACCUUUGUACAAUCUGCCAACGUUGUGUGAAGUCAUGUUUCAGUCGCUGAUGCCCAAGUACAAGAACAGGAAAGAUCAAAUCUUGGAGGAAGUGAAAGAAUAAUAGUAAGAAGAACAACGUUGCAAUUAUGGGUGUUAUACUCCUGUAAGUCAUUAAGUAAACAAAUAUUUGGAUAUUCAAUUACAUUUAUAAUGUUGAUGUCUGAGUGUAUUCCUGAGUAAGCGUGUAUAAGUGUGUGUGUGUGCAUCUCUUCUGAAAUUAUCAACCAGUAGUGUUGAAAUAUUUGAUCUCAUGUACAUUUAUUUUUUAUAUAUAUCUGUCUACAAUAUAUAUUUUAAAUAUGUAUUAAAUUGUCAUUUAUGUUAAAGAUCUGAGAAAAAGGAAAUUAUCUCCCUCUAAAUACUGUUAAAAACGAGAUUAAUGUUGGUUUUUACAUUGUUCAUCACAUUCUUCAUCCAUGAACAACGUGACAUUUUGUUAUUAAUUCCUAAACCAGGGGUUCUCAACCUGUGGAUCGCGACCCCCUUGGGGGUCGAUUGACAAUUUGCCAGGGGUCGCCAAAGACCAUUGAAAAAAUGGAUUGUUAUUGUCUAUUCUUCAAUUGCUGUGUGUGUGCGGGGGAGGGGGGUCGCGGCUAAGUGGGGGAUUGUAAAAAGGGGUCGCCAAGCAUAAAAGGUUCAGAACCGCUGUACCUAAACCACAUCAUCGGUUCAUAUUCACAAUGUUUCACUAUCAACUAAAUGGUAUGAAAUCACUGUUAUGACAUUCCCCCCAUUAGUUAAAAUUUAAACGAUUUUUAAACAAAUAUUUUUUUUUUUUUUAUAAUGGGCCCUACUAUAAAUGGUAGGCUAUUAUUGUUUAAUAGACAUUGUCAACCAAUUUCACUACAACUGGCUAGCUGCUAGCUUAUUAGAGCUUCUAGUUUUAUUAAGAAUCGUUUAAAUUGAGUUUUGCAUACCUAAUUUUCGUACAAAUAUUUUUUUACAUUUUUGUGGACUAUAUAUUAAUAUGUAGAUUAUUUUGUAAUUUUAAUCAUAUCUUAAUGUUACAUUUUAUUGUGUAAAGCGAUGUAUAAAAUGUAAACAUGUAAAAGACAAUAUCUAUAUAAUUGCAUCGUUUAGAUUUUAUUUAAUUUGUUUGUUUGGUGAAUUAAAAUAAGUGAACAUUUUGUUCAUUAAAAUAAUAAAAA